CCGGAUUUCAGUACCGUCGUUUCUCUUCUCAGCCGUGCGAUCUGCGUUAUUGCCGAUAUUUGCUUAACGUGAGUGAAACACGGUCUUUCUCGGCGCUUCUUUCGGGAAGCAAAGAGGCCGAGGCGGGGGCGAUGAUGGAGGACUUUGAUGAGAUUUACGAGGAGGAGGAAGAGGAAGAAGAGGACGAGGACAGGGCCGCGGAGGAGCAGCUGCUCAAAUACGCUCCGGACCCGGUGGUAGUGCGCGGAUCCGGACACGUCACUGUGUUUGGACUGAGCAAUAAAUUUGAGUCUGAAUUUCCCUCAGCCCUUACAGGAAAGGUUGCCCCGGAGGAGUUCAAAGCCAGCAUAAACCAUGUGAACAGCUGUCUGAGGAAGGCUCUCCCAGUGAACGUGCGCUGGCUGCUGUGUGGCUGUCUCUGCUGUUGCUGUACUCUGGGUUUUAGUCUGUGGCCGGUCAUCUGCCUGAGCAAGAGGACACGCAGAUCCAUAGAGAAGUUAUUGGAGUGGGAAAACAGCAGAUUGUAUCACAAGCUGUGUCUGCAUUGGAGGCUCAGCAAAAGGAAGUGUGAAACGAACAACAUGAUGGAAUAUGUCAUCCUAAUAGAGUUUCUACCCAAGAUUCCCAUCUUCAGGCCGGAUUAGCAGUGGCGGGCCAGAGCUCAUCCCUCCGGCGUGGUCUUCCUGAGGUGCCUUUCUCCGGUACUGUCACGGUCUUAUCAUGUGGCCUCUUCCUUUUUCCCUCCACACUCUGAGCAACUCUGAGACUCACCUCACGUCCGAGCGCCACUCGCAGCACUCCUCACGAGAAAGCACUGUUUACAACCCACACGUACGCACAGACCGAGGCACGCGUCGGUGCCGUUCUUAUUUCGCAAGCGCAUGAAUACACAGAGAGACCUUUACCGUCACAUGGCUACACGGGGAAUCAGCGGGGAGGCCACGGAAAGUAACUUCUGAAGCUCCAAACUGGAACGUCUGCUAUACGUUAAUCUAAUCGCGCAGACUAUGCCGUGCGCGCUAGCUGAGUGACUUCCUGUUGCCGACACUGUGGAACGGAUCAGUGCAGAAUGGCUUGAAGAAGUGACAACUACAGAAUUAAACUCUUUUAUUGUAUUAAAAUAGUUGGAUGUUACGAACGAUUAAUACGGAUUUUCAGUUAGCUGAGAGCCAAAUGGACACGGUCAAUGCACAACACAUAGCUCCCCAUCUCUCCUUCUCACAAAUGAUCAUCUAUAUACAAAGACAAUCAAACACUGACUGUGCCACGCACCAUCUAGACUCUGACAGGACUUUGGGGUCUAGUUGAAGUCACGGACCUGACGUGGUCCAGGUGCACCUAUGGGUAGUGAUGCAGCACAGAUUAGAUUUGUUUGCUGGGGUUUUUUUUUUGUUUAUUUGUUUUUGAGUAUUUUUUUACCCUUGUUUACUUGCUCAGUUUAACAAUAAGAGCAGCAAAUGUUUGUUUCUUGUGUGUGUGGGUGAUUAUUUCUGUCUGUCCCUGAGAUAUUCUGAUUAUCAUUUGGUUUACAAGUGAGACAAAGCAACAUUUCUAGGUUUGUUAAAGUAAAAACAGUUCAUUAAAACAAAUUUGUGGGGUCUUUUUUUUUAUAUAUAUAUAUAUAUAUAUAUAUAUAUAUAUAUAUAAGUAUGGGUUUAUAAUAUAAUAUUAUGAACCCAUAUAUACCCAUAUUUCUCCAGGGCAGAAAUAUUUUAUUUAAUAUUUUUAUCUUAAUUUCUUUGUUGAUUCAAUACUGGGUCAGGUGUCCUAUGCAGGCAUUUUCUCUUAGUGGACUAUAUUUGUGUACAUGUAUCCAAUUGUAGGUUAAUAAAACAGUUACAUCCCAAUACUUCAAGACAAUUGGUCCUAUUAGAUCUCAGAAAUUCAUAAAGUGUGUGUGUGUGUGUGUGUGUGUGUGAUUACCAAUAUUAUUACUGAAAUUACAAUUCUCUCUCGUCUGAUGUCAUCCCAAAUCCCAGGGACAUCGUUUUUAUUUUUAAAAAAAAUAAUUUCAGUGUAUUUAUGUACAAUGUGUGUACAGAAAUAAAAUAUGCCCAACUUGA